CGCGUCCGAUUCUUUCAGCAUUAAAGCAGCUAGCAAAUACGCGGUGAUUAAAAAUGAAGAAUUUUAAGCCGCGGAAGUGGGACACAGUCAGUGCCCUUGGGUAUAGCAGUUUUUUCCUUUCCCCGAUAAACGUUAUUUCCACUAUUUCUUUCGGGAAUUUGAAUUUUAAAACCAAAGUAAGUGUAAAUCGGCGCGGCUUCGUCGGUUUCGGGAAUUUUGAGGUUGAUACCGUUUAUGCCGAGAUCAGAGCACUGCAGCAGUGCCAGCUUUUAUCGUUAUAAAACGUACUGACGCCAAGUUGCUGAUCGUUUGGUGGAGGAUUUCGACAUAUUGUCUUGUGAUAUUCUCCCUCCAAAAAAGCAAAUGGAGAAGUAAGGAUCCCAAAAUAGAUUCACUUUCUUCUCUGGGAUUGUCUUUGUCUUGCUUUGUUCUGCUCUGAAUCAGCUGCGGGGUUGUUGGUGCAGUGUAUCUCUUUGUUAGAAAUCACCACCAGAUUUCAUUAAGAGUGUAAACAACUAACAGCCCUACUUCUUUUGAGGGGCUCAUGUUUUAACAAUAAAUUAAGUAGAUCUGGGAUGCCGUUGCACUGGGGGGAUUUUUGCUGUGUAAUUUAUAAUGUCAUUGUCUUAAUAAAACGUCUUUAUGUUCGGGAGCGCUGCCUUAAAUGAUGAAAUAUGAUGUAAGAGCAUGACUAUGUGAAGUACUGAGCAUCCCACUGUUGCUAGUAGGACUGAAUUGGCAUAAAAUGUCGUCUUUGCUAGAUCGAAUCUACUCUUAAGUGCAAACGCAAUGAAAAAUGUACGGUGCCGAAUGUCAAGCAUUAAUCUUCUGUUUCAGGUAUUGUUAAUAUUCUGCAGCAUUACCUCGAUUUCAGCUCGUGAAACUGUAUAAAAAUGUAAUUUUCUGUUAGAAUUGCAAUGUUAAAGGAAUGUUCCUUAUAGCUGCGGUUACCUGAAUCAGUGUUUCUUAGUGUCCCAUGGAACAUAAAGCAGAUGACGAUGACGCUGGAGGUGAUCUACCCGGCGAGGAUGUGGCCAGAAGUGAUGGCCGGCACUGGGAUGAGUCUGGGCUUGGAGCAGUGCUGAGAGGGCUUGGGGAGAGGAUUGUAGUGGAGCUCCAUCCCCAUUCCACUCCUAGCAGCUCUCUGGCCAUCCACCUCCAUUUCUGCCGGCUGGAAUGGACAAGAGCCUUGCCAACCGCCCCAGGCUUCUGAGCUCGUUUAGGGAGAGGCAGGUGUGGCUGAGCUAGGAAAAAAACUGGAGCAGAGCUGAGAGAACUAUGAUGCCAGUGCAGCUCCUGUACUGCUUCCUGCUCUAGCCACCCUCUUCGAACUGCAUCCCUUUCUCUGCUUCCUCCUAUUCCUGCCUGCAUGUCCUCUGUAAAUCAGGACAUGCUUUGGAGGGCGAGAAUGGAGGAAGCUGUAGGAGGGGAUAUGAAGCACUUUGUGGGGAAAUGUGGAGAAUUUCUUUUCACAAUGGCUAAGUCGAAACAAAUGUGUGUACUUGAAUGUUGAAAUCCAAUACUUAAUACAGUGAACCUUCCAGCAAGAACAGAAAUACACCAGCAGAGAUGGGAUUGCAUGAUAAUGGGUUUGAAUUUGUACUGUAUCUUUCUGGAAAACUUAAAUAGAGGAGUGAAACUAGUCUGUAACAAAUUAAUGUAAAUUUUAGUAAAAUUGCUUGUAAUACCAAUUCCAGGUGGUUGUUUUUAACAUGGUAGUUCCUUAAAAAAAAAAAAAUUUCUUUCCAUUAGCACCUGUGCUAGAAUUUGACUAUCUCAUCUGUGGAGACUGUGGCAAAGAAUUCAUGGAUUCCUACCUUAUGCAGCACUUUGAUUGGGCAACAUGUGAUAAUUGCAGAGAUACUGAAGAUAAACAUAAGCUUAUAACAAGGACAGAAGCGAAAGAAGAGUUUCUUCUUAAAGACUGUGACUUAGACAAGAGGGAACCAGUGCUCAGAUUCAUUGUGAAGAAAAACCGUCAUAAUUCACGAUGGGGUGACAUGAAACUUUAUUUAAAACCACAGGUAGUCAAGCGUUCUCUUGAAGUCUGGGGUAGUGAAGAAUCGUUGCAAGAAGCAAAGGAACUCCGCCGUGACAACAGAGAGAAGAUGAAACAGAAGAAGUUUGAUAAGAAAGUUAAAGAACUCCGCCGAGCUGUGAGGAGUAGUUUGUGGAAGAAAAAAUCUAGUAUCCAUGAACAUGAGUAUGGACCAGAAGAAAACAUUGAUGAAGAUACAUAUAAAAAGACAUGUACUGUAUGUGGCCAUGAAUUAACUUAUGAGAAGAUGUAGUGUGGUGUUAAUCAUGUUUUUUAUUUAUCUUUUGAAUGGUAUUUUGUAUUGAAGUCAAAUAAAUGCUGAUUAUAAACAAGCUGUUG